UAUUUCAUGUCACUCCCGAUGUAUUCUAUAGUAACCCUGGAGGACGUUGUCCGGGUAGUGUUACUAUAUUGUGGCUACAGCUAGCCAAUCACCAUCUUUUGCACGAAUGCAGCAAGGCUACAAUCCAAGGCCAUCUUAUGGCUCCCCACCACAGAAGCGGUUCAGGAACGCUAAUGGAGGGGCUAACAACAGGAGAAAGCAGCCUAACUUCUCUGCUGACAUAGUGUUCACCACCAAGGCAGGAAAUGUACAGACCAUCCCCUCCUUGACCAAACAGUUGAAGGCCAUCACUGGUGAGACUGUCAUUGGUCUUCAGUAUGUGUGGGAGUACCGGAGCCCUAGUAAGUCAGUCCCACCCCAUUACCAGUGUAAACUCUGCAAGAAGGUAAGCCGUCUGCAGACUGAUAUGCUGGCUCACAUCAAGGGCUGGAAGCACUCCUUCAGAUACAUGAAGCAAAAUCAUUCUGCCAAGAUGCCCUUUAAGGAAGAUGCUGCCACAAAGGACCAUGAAGUGAGGAAGAAGGUGAAAGAAGCAGCAGCAGAGCUGGAGAAGGCAGAGGGCAGGGGACAGCUGAAGGUGAUUCUGAAGGAGCCCAGUGAGGUCCAAGCAUUUGCAGGACUAUGUUCAGCAAUCCCCAACAUGGGGCCACCAGGAGGGAUGGGAGGGCCAGGAGGAAUGGGAGCUAGAGGACCAAAACCAGGUGGCAGGUUUGCAGAGCCUCUGUUCCCAGGGGAGUUCCCUCUCCAAGGCGGCGGCCUCAACUACCCCGUGGGUGGUAUGGGGGGAUACUCUGACCCCCUGCCUCGCUCCACGGCUUUCCAGAAAAGGGACAUGAGCUUCCGAGGCUACCAUGACAAUACGGGGGGGCAGAGGCUAGGGGGUUCAGCCGAUGGCUUUGGACUGGGAGGGGGAAGGGAUGGAAGCUUUGGCCAGGAGGGGUUGUUGGGGGAGAGUCCGGGAAGCCACUACCCUGAUGAGUUCAGAGGGGGACAGAUGGGAAGUGGAUCAGGCCAAGGGUUGAUGGGAGCUGUACCUGAAACCAGCAGCCUUCCGACCACGCUACUCAAAUACCUGGACAAUUUCCAGAUCGAGAACGAGGAUGAUGCUCAGAUCGUGCUGAAGGUGACACAGAAGCUGACAGAUGUCCUAAUGGACUACAGACUUAGGAGUGUUUCCUCGCAGGGUCCUAGUAUGAAGAGCAGUUUGUCGCUGGGCUCCAUGAGCUACUCCGAUUCUCCCAGAAUGUCUAGCAGUAGUGACCGCUUCUCUGGGAACCUCUCUGGCCCUUCCAGAUACUGAUGGUCCAUCCAGGUACUACAACUAACUGAUCCAUCCCCACGUGACACAUCCACCUUCCUGGGGUAACCCAUCCUCCGCCUCACCCCCCAAGAUAUACCCUGAGUCCAUGGGGGUCUGCAGCUGUCUGUCAAGCCACUGAACAUUUUUAUUUUAUAUAAUUUUCAUUCAAAGCAGAAACUGAUACAAUUGUGUACUUAUUAGUGCAGACUUUGUUUUUACCUAACUUCUUUUGACAUGCAUAGGUUGGACUAAAGUUUGACUUUUAGUUUUAACCAUUGUAUUCAUGUGAUUUUGGCAUUUAUUUUACUGUGGUUUCUUGGACAAAUCUUGUCUGUUUAGAAAUUAAGUGUUUGAUAGAAAACAAGUCAUGUUUAGGGAAACAGAUGUUUGGCGGUAAAUGGUUUACUGAUGUACUGACUGCUGUUUGAGUUGGGCUUGUCAUCACUGUUUUUCUUCACACCUGGCUUCACUUGUGGGAUCGUCUGAGACCAGCCACCCCGACAGCUGAUGAAACUUAGUAUUUGUCUGUAUUAAAGCCCUUUUGUGGGGAAAAAAUAAUUGAGUCGCUGGGCCUGAACCGAAUCCCAGGAUGUAUGGUGCAUUUGGAAAGUAUUCAGACCCUGACUUUUUCUACAUUUUUCUUAUGUUACAGCUGUAUUCUAAAAUGUAGUAAUCUACACACACACACUACCCAGUAAGUAAAAACAGGUUUUUGUAAAUGUUUGUAAAUGAAUUAAACUGAAAUAUUUGCAUAAGUA